CAGAGCAACAAGCCCUUGAUGGAGAAGAGAAGACGAGCCAGAAUAAAUGAAUGUUUGGUAGAAUUAAAAUCACUGGUACUACAAGCCUUGAAGAAAGACAGCACUCAAUAUUCCAAGUUAGAGAAGGCCGAUAUUUUAGAAAUGACAGUCAAACAUUUAAAGUUAUUACAACGACAGCAAAUGGCCGUCGCCAUGACAACAGAUCCAUUCGUUGUGAGUAAAUAUCGUGCAGGAUUUAAUGAAUGUGCGGCAGAAGUAGCGCGAUACCUAGAUUCAGUUCAAGGUGGGAGCCAGGAAGUCAAAGGCAGAGUGCUUAAUCACCUCUCGAAUUGUAUAAAUCCACAAGGGGGUCAACUACAUCCGUCUCAUGUACAA